AUGCGUGCCAAUAUAUUGGCACAGUUGCGUGUAUUGAUGUCAUGGGCACGGCUAAACGCCCCCGGUUGUCCGGAUCCGUCGGGAACCGAGGUAUCGCAGUCAGUGAUCCAAGCCCACCAGGAAGCGGAUUUGCAACGACGUUUGCGUUACGCGGAUUCCAUGGAACUGCCCGAGCUGGGCGACGAAAUAGUGGACGAUCUAUACCUGGAUGUUUCUGACAGUAUACAACAAUUGCAGCCUGAACUGGUCCCUAAAGGAACUUACACACAACCGUUAGAAAUGGAAAUAAAUCAAGCCACACUCAACAGUCCGAGUGGAUACCGCGCCGGGGUUGGUGAAACCUCAAGUGCAAAUUUGAAUCGCACCGGUAUUUUCGCAAUCUAA